AUGACUGUGGUACCAGUAUGUGCCGGCCUGGUCGACGACAAAAUCGUACACAAACGUUUCGCCAGGAGGUAUCGGACAUUGGGUAACGGCAACAGGACCGUCCAUGUGGGGGGAGUCCUGCUGGAACAGGCCAUGGAAGUGCAACGACGUGGAGACGUCGAGCCCGUUGAUCAGGUGGAGCUUGACACGGUCGCCCCUGUUGACUUCCAGAGUGGGCAAUGGCCAAGAUCCGUUGAACGAGAUGAUCUUGCGCUCGAAGACGCCGUCUGGGUUUGCAGUGGUCCACUGGGUCUUGAAGUAGAACUCGUGGGUCUUUGCGGCGGCCUGGCACGCCGUGAAGGCGAGCAGGGUCAGAAACAGCAGGAAGUUCAUAACAAAGGCCGAUUCAAGGUGAAGAAAAUGUUUUGA